AUGCCAGCAAAAAGUAAAAAAGAUAUGCAAGAGGAAAAAUGUCAUAGAAUAAAAGAAGAUAAUAAAAAUGAAAAUGAUUCUAAUAAUAAUUUGUUUUUGAAAGAAGAAAAAGAAAUAUAUACAUAUAAAAAACUUGAUGAACAAAAUAAAGAGAAGGAAUGUAAUGAUAAUAAAGAUCAAGAAAUAAAUAACAAGAAAAAGAAAAUAAAUGAUAACAAAAAAGAAGAUAUGGAUAAACAAAAUACAACACAAAAUGAGGAAAAGAAAGAUGAAGAUAGUGUUUUUUUUAAAAGAAUAAUAAAUGUUGAAAUUACUCCAAAUAUAAAAAAUUUCAUAGAAUUAUUUCUUUUAAGUAGAGAAGAUAUAUUAAAUUGGUGUUCAAAAAACAAUUCCAUGUAUUCCUAUAAAAUUAAUGAAAAAAUAUGGAAUAUCAUUUUUAGUGAUUCAAAAAAUACCUUAGAAAACUUUCUAAAGGAAAAAAGUAUUAACAUUGAUAUGUUGAGUGUGCUUGUAUAUAUAUAUAACUUAUAUUGUACUAAUAAUAAUAAAGACAAAAUAAACUUCCAGGACAUUAUGAACAGUUCUUGCAUAACAUACCGGGGUAUAUACGAAAAUAUAGACGAAAACAGUAAAACGUUUAAGAAUUUAUUAAGAGAAGAAAGAGAAUAUAAAAGGAUAGUAGGAGAUACCAAUAAUCAGACAAAUGACUUUUUUAGCAAUUAUAAAAAAUCUUAUCCAUAUGGUAUAAAUUUAAUAAUAGGCAUUUUUUUAACUUUCUUAGGAGGAUAUUAUGGAAGUCUCAUAUUGGGAUAUACAAAAUUCACAACGAGAUUAAUUUGUGGAAUAUUAUUUUCGUAUGUCACAUUAAUUUUGGAAGUUAUAAUUUUUAUAAUUAUUAACGAGAAGAUAGAAAACGUAAAGAAGAAUCAAAAAAAAAUGGGAAGUAAUUAUGAAUUGUAUGAAAGGGUUCAUAUAAAAGAUGAUAAUGAGGACAAGAAAAAAAAAAAAAUUAUGGAAAGCGUGGAAUUAAUUGAAGAGACUACUAAACCUUCAACUGUUAAGCAAAGAAAGAAAACAUAA